AUGCUAGGCGACCUGUGUCUUGAGCAUGAAACCGCAGGAAUCUGUUUUCAAGAUCACAUCCCCUGGUGCGGAGAAGUAGCAAUGAAGCUGCCCACUAGGGCAAUUGGCCUGCUGAGCCAUCUUACGGUCGUUGCUUGCGUUAAGCUGGCGGUGAACUCUUCCAGGGUUUUCCCUGCAUGCGAGGGUAACCUCAUCUCCAAGAUCUAUGGGGAACAGGAUGGGCACUGCCAGUCGCUGAGUGGCGACUCCUCGACCGCGGACGCGAAAUGCAAGCAAAGCUACGACAUUGAUGCUGCUGGAUUUCAUUGGCAGUGUGUCGCGGAGCCGAAGUCUUCUGGCGGCUUCACCUGUCAGCACUCGCACUUGUGCCAACACGAGGAGAACCCCGCCAAGGUGUGGGAUUCGCUUCCAGUCCUCGGUGCCGAUGUCAAGCCCGAGAUGACGCUUGUGGACUUCGAGAAGACGGCCAACAGACACCCCUACCUGGCACGCCUCACCGGCAACAAAUUCCUGGUUUGCGCGCGCAAUAACAUUGGGGGAAAAGGGAUGCAGUGCCAGGCAGUUGAGGAGGUUGUGGGUGGCGUCCUGACUGGUGAUCGACUCGACAUUCCCAGCGGCACACAACACGGCGCCCAAAUUUCAGAGAACAAGGUCGCCAUCUGCCGGCAUGCGGGUUCGAUUCUGAGGUGCUACACGGUGACGUCCAAUGCCCGCAGUCUCACCAAAACCAAGGAGCAGGAUAUGCCAAAUCGGGUCAGCCCCAUGCAGUACACCUACAUGCCGACGCUGUUGUACCUUGAGGAGCACAAGGUCCUGCUGUGCGGCAAUGAGAAUGUUGAAAGGACCGUGAAGCACCACCUGACUUGUUGGGUGAUGACCGACAAGGAGGGAUCUCUGGAGCGGGGGCCCAGCAGCACGUUGGUGGAUAGUUUUAAGGUGACCUAUGGCAUGGUCCACACCAGCCUGCUGUCUGCAGGCAAGGUGCUUGCCUGCUACAACCUGGCGUACAACGACGCUAAGAUGAACUGCAGGAUCCUGACCCUCAAGGGUGACGCCAUCUCUGCCGGUCCGGAACACGAGUUCGACUUGGGCGGAAAGGAUUUCGGCUUUGGCCACCUUACCGCGAUGACGUCCACGCAGGCAGUCUAUUGCCACUAUCAGCAGCCGAACAAGUGUGUCCUUCUCUCCAUCUCUGGCUCCUCGGUCAAGGGGGUCUUCAUUCUGGACCUGCCCAAGUCCAGACACCCGCAGUACAAAGGUGGAGUGCAGCGUUUGUGGAACGAUCGGGUGCUUGCCUGCUGGGGAGGGGGCUAUCAUGGCCAGGAAUAUGGCAACCCGUUCUGCUCCCUCAUCACCUGCAAGGACCAGAAAUGCACGGCGGGGGAGCCCUAUAGCCCGACUUCGUCGACCAAGCCGGGCUUUCCCAGAAGUUCCGACAUCGCGGUCCUCACCCUUGCGGUGGGCAAGGUGGCCACAUGUGUUGAAGACAACCCAGGCUUUCGCAGCUACCUCCCGGGUGGGUCUGAAGUAACGGCCCCUAGCUGUGCGAUCCACAACCUGCCGCACGAAGGCGCGUGA